AGAGAGAGAGAGGAACUGUGUCGUUUUACAAGUCCAUUAAUUUGCUGAAACUCUGUUUAUCUCUCUGGUUAACUUUUUCCGACGAUCUCCGGAUCUUCUCUGUCUCUUCCAUGGCGUCUCCGUCCCAAGCAAGCCUCCUACUCCAAAAACAACUCAAAGAUCUCUGUAAAAACCCAGUCGAUGGAUUUUCAGCCGGUUUGGUCGAUGAGAGCAACUUGUUUGAAUGGAGCGUCACCAUUAUUGGUCCUCCUGAUACCUUAUAUGAUGGGGGUUUCUUUAAUGCCAUCAUGACAUUCCCGUCCAAUUACCCAAACAGCCCUCCAUCGGUGAGGUUUACCUCCGAGAUGUGGCAUCCCAAUGUUUACCCUGACGGGAAGGUGUGCAUUUCAAUUCUUCAUCCCCCUGGUGACGAUCCUAAUGGCUAUGAGCUUGCCAGUGAGCGUUGGACGCCAGUUCAUACAGUAGAAAGUAUAGUUUUGAGCAUUAUAUCAAUGCUUUCAGGUCCUAAUGACGAGUCUCCUGCAAAUGUUGAGGCCGCAAAAGAAUGGAGAGAGAGAAGGGAUGAAUUCAAGAAGAAAGUCGGACGCUGCGUGAGACGGUCUCAAGAAAUGUUGUAAAGUAUCUAUCAUUGCCGCCGCCACAGUGCUGACUGUGACACCACAAGAAACCGUCAUAUUUCACGGUGUGCGGGGGGACUAGCUAUCCAUCGGACUACUUAUUGCUUUGUGUAGAAUUUUCAUUUUAAGUUUUGUUUCUCAAUCUAUAUAUAACCUAUAUUUUGUUUUUAACAUCAUUGAUAACUUUAUAAAUUAAGAUAAUUAAUGUUGAAAUGUGAUCAACUUUACGUCUCAA